CACGCGAAAUUACAAAACACCAAGAGAAGCGCGCGAACUGGGGGCUGGAGAGACACGGAUACCGUUAUUCCUCGAGUCUUCUUCCACUUCCCAAUAUAAUCAUAAUCCCCGUUCCCCAGUUCCCACAACUCAGAAUUCUUAAACCUCAACCUGUUCAACUCAGCAGUCAUCCAGACUUCAGAGUGCACAGGAUAGUAUUGCAGCAUUAAUGGAGCUCUGGUCUGGAUAGAGCUGAAAGGGACGUGUGUUGAAAUUGAAAUGAACGGUUGUGGCGGUUGUGGAAUGCCCUCUUGCCAUUAAUAACACCUUACUACCAUACCAGAACUACCACUACUUAUUAACUUCCUCCUGCCAUUAUUACCCUCAGAGUCAGAGACAGGGACACACAGCAGUCAUACACGGUCCGAUACUCGGACAGUUACGACCCCUCAUGGGCUCGUUCAUUUGAUUUAUGGUCCAAAACAAAAGCCUUUCUGCUGUGUUGAAAGUUGAAACUGAAGAAUCAAAGGCAAAGCUGGUGAUCCGCCAAACUACCAAGUUCCUACACUGGACCAACAUUUGCUGUGGAAAUAAGGUGGAAGCUCCAUUCUAUUGCUUUACCGGUCCCAAAGUGGAAACAGAGCUCAAGACUGCAUUUUUUCUUCUUGAGGGAGCUCAAAUUUAUGGUAGAACUCACCGGCUGAAUCGGGUUAUGGACUUUGAAUCAAGAUUACGUGUUUAUUCUUGAAGGUGCUGGAUUACUAUAACAUAGACCUUAGCAAGUGCCUAAUCAGCGUAAAAGGUUGUGCUUGUGCAUGUUCAAAUCAAAAUUGCACUUUUCACCUUGAGGCAGCUGGAUUGUAUCAUUGACAUGCUACAGACCUUAGCAAGUUCAUUUUUGGUUCCAAGGGUCAUGGACGGUCAAUUCAAGGUUGCAUUGCUUUCCCUCUUGUUUUUCAACUUUAUGCAGACGGAGCAGGUUCUAGCAAGCUCCGGCUCGGAAAGAUGGGCUUUGCUGGAGCUCAGGGCAUCCCUUGGUAUUAGAGCUCGAUACUGGCCCAAAAAGGUCGAGCCUUGCUUAAACUGGACAGGGAUUGAAUGCCAAGAUGGGAGAGUGACAGGAAUAAGCUUAUCUGGGAUAAGGAGAACUCGGGUUGGAAAGCGAAAUCCACGGUUUGCUAUUUAUCCUUUAAGCAAUUUGACCUCAUUAUCUUCCUUCAAUGCUUCAGGGUUUCUACUUCCUGGGCCAAUUCCAGAAUGGUUAGGCCAAAGACUAGCUACAUUACAGGUGCUUGAUCUCAGGUCUUGUUCAAUUUAUGGAUCAAUUCCUGACUCAUUGGGAAGUUUGUUUAGGCUUAAUUCUUUGCAUUUGUCUGAAAAUACGAUUACUGGGACAAUUCCAGCGGCAUUGGGGAAGCUGAAUUCCUUGUCAGUUCUUGAUCUUUCAAAAAAUUUAUUAACAGGGCCAAUUCCUAGCGCUAUUUCAGCUCUUAGGAACCUUAGUAGUCUUGAUUUGUCGUCAAACUUCCUUUCUGGGGCGAUUCCUACUGAGAUUGGUUCACUUUCUAGUCUUAAGUUCUUGAGGUUACACGACAAUAGUUUCAGCUCUUCUGUUCCUGCUCAGCUGGGUAAUCUUUCUGCCUUGGUGGAGCUUGAUCUUGGUUACAAUUUUUUGUCGGGGCCAUUGCCUGAGGAUUUAGGACGCAUAAGUAGUUUACAGAAGUUGUUAAUUGGGAAUAAUGAGCUAGAAGGUGCUCUGCCAGCUAGAGUACUUUUGGAUCAAAAAUUUGUGGAAUUUGUAGUUCUCAGGAACAACAAAUUUGAUGGUAAAUUUCCUGAUGUCUUGCGGUCAGUGCCGCAUUUACUGUUUCUAGAUAUCUCUGAGAAUAACUUCACAGGUGAAUUGCCAAACCUUACUGCUUUCUCUGAUAAUGCCGGCACCAAGUUCAAUUUCUCAAACAAUUUGUUCUACGGAAAUGUGCCCUUUGAAACUGGCGGAAAUGUCUCACUUGAUCUAUCGAAUAACUUCUUGAAAGGAUUGGCUCCUACUACUACGAAAAGCAGUGUCAAUAUCAGCACCAAUUGCUUUCAGAGCCUGCCAGAUCAGAGGAGUAUAAUGGACUGCCAAAAAUUUUAUGCCAAGAGAGGCCUUCAUUUUGAUGGCAACAAUGUUCCCGAGUCACCAGAACCUCCAAUUUCGGAACAUUCAAAGAAGAAAAACAAACUCACCUUUAUAUUGGUGGGAACUUUUGGUGGACUUGGCUGCAUUUUGAUUUUAGGGGUAGCAUUAGCAUAUGUGCUAAAAGUAUGUAACAAACGAAGUGGAAAUGGAAGAGGAACAGCGGAAGUCAGGCAUGUUUCAGUAAAGGAUAGUAGGCCACCUCCUCAGAUUCCUUUGUGCUUCUCAGGUCUUGGAGAAGAAUUUACAUACGAGCAAGUGCUCCAUGCCACAAAUAACUUCAGCGAAACAAACCUCAUCAAGCAUGGUCACUCUGGAGACAUAUUCCGUGGAACAUUAGAGGGUGGAAACCUAGUAGCCAUAAAGAGAGUUGAUUUACAAGUUCUCAAGAAAGGGAGAUGUACUUCGGAAUUGGAUCUUUUUGACAAGAUAAAUCACCCAAGGCUAGUCCAACUUAUUGGUCAUUGCUUAGAGCUUGAAAAUGAAAAGAUCUUGGUUUACAAAUAUAUGCCAAAUGGAGACUUGUCCAAUUCCUUUUACAGGGUUAACCAUUUGGAUGAUGAUUGUUUACAAUCUUUGGAUUGGAUCACACGAUUAAAAAUUGCAAUAGGAGCUGCUGAGGCUUUAUCUUACUUGCACCAUGAGUGUAAUCCUCCACUUGUCCACAGAGAUAUUCAAGCAAGCAGCAUCCUUCUUGAUGAUCAAUAUGAAGUACGACUUGGAAGUUUAAGUGACGUUUGCGCUCAAGGAGUGGAGAACAGUCAGCAAAGGAUUUCAAGAAUGUUCUGGAUGGCACAGACUCCUGAUAAAGGACCUUCAGGACCAUCUGCAAGUUGUGCUUAUGAUGUAUAUUGCUUUGGAAAGCUCUUACUUGGGCUUGUCUCGGGUAAGCUGGACAUCUGCAAUUUUGAAGAUGAGGGCUCUACAAAUGAGUGGUUGGAAAACAAUCUAUCUUACAUCAGUAUACACGAAAAGGAACAGGUGGGUAAGAUUAUUGAUCAGUCUCUUAUCAUAGAUGAUGAUCUACUUGAAGAAGUGUGGGCUGUGGCGAUAGUGGCCAAGUCAUGCCUAAAUCCCAAGCCUUCCAGACGUCCCCUGAUGAGACACAUCCUCAGAGCACUGGAAAAUCCUUUCAAGGUUGUCAGGGAAGAAAAUUUCAGCUCUGGAAGGCUAAGAACAACAUCAUCCAGAAGUUAUUGGACCACUGCAUUCUUCGGUAGUUGGCAUCACAGCUCGUCUGAGAGUGCCAGUUUUCCAGGCCAAACAAGAAGAGAAGGUGCCAGUGAUCUAAAACAGACAGGGAGAGCGGGGUCUCAUGGAAGUGGCAUGAAUGAAUACUCAUCUUCACACAAAAGGUCCUCGAGCGAGAUUUUCCCUGAGCCAGUGGAUAUUCAAGAUCUAGAGAAGCAGGAUGAAAACUAGGCAAGCUCUGAGUGAUGUUGCCAGUAAAUCUUUUCCCAUCCUGGUAUCGAGCAGUCCGUGUAACUUUGUGUGCGUCGAAAGGCUUUAGGCUUGAAAGUUGCCUCCUCCUGAAGGUCAUUGAUUUAGAGCCUUCUACAACUUUGAUUCAUUUGGGGAUCCUCCAAGAAAAUGACGAUGAGCCUUUGGAUCCAAAUCAAAGAGGUUUGAAGCAAGCUAUGAUUCUUGCACUUGUCCUGCAUGAAAUGUAAUGUAAAUAGCCAUUCAAUGUAAUUACGAGCAUUAGUUUUUCACGAUCUCAUGCAAAUUCAGAGGCAUCCAGCUAAAGUAUUUUGUUAUUAGUACAAUCGGAUUGAGAUAUCCAUCUCCACCAAUAAAACCGUUUCCUGAUGCUAGGAGACGAAAUAUCACAUAUAGAAACGGCAAAAGAUUCUUGAAGUUAUGUACGUAUAUACAUGGAGCAUAACGUGAGAACUUGAUAACGAAUGGUGGGCAGAAAACAAAAUAGGGAGUUGUGUGGCCUCGGGACUUCCCGUUUGUUCGAAUUUCACAAUGGCAAUGGCAAUGAGUAUCAAAAGUUCCUCAAUGGUAAUAGGUUUUGCCUAUUCCUCCUUUUCACUUGUUUGGAAGUUAUGUUGCAAACGGGAUCUAUUAAAUUUCUUUUUAUUACUAUAAUGGAUUUCCUUCUUGGCUUCUUCAAUUGUUUUUCUUGCUUCAUAAUGGGAUCGGCUGAUCUCUGGAGCCAAACCACCAAAUGCCAGCCAAUGACCACAGCCCGUGACAUCACGAAACAUAUAUAGUCUCCAAAACUUCACUAGUUUAGCCAAAUACUUCAAAUCAUCUCCACCAAUUUUAGCAAAAGCAAAAUUUCAAUUGAAAUUUAACAAACUAUUUUUUUCAAGUUUGUACGAAUCUGAAAACCCACCACCAAUUGCUACUCAGAAAAAAAAAAGAAAUUCACCAUGAAUACCCAAUACCAGCGAAAUCAAGUAGAAAGGAGAAGAAACAAGAGGCAGAGCCGAUGGUUGACUUGGGUCCCAUCUCUAACUUGGAUCAUAUGGUUGACCUAUGUUGGAGAGAGAGAGUUUUGUGCAAUGGAGGCUAAGAAUAUUUUUUUUUCUUUCAUUUUUGUGUCUUGGUGGGUAAUCAAGGCGAAAAUGCCCAAUUCACCCUGGAAUGGCCACUGAAGACUUUUUGGCCUUCCAUUACCAUAGAUUCAUUACCAUUGUAGGGUUCCAAACAUUAUCAAUGACAAUCAUUGAUGGUCAUACCCAUUGCCUUCCCCCUAAACCCUCCAACCAAACGGGUGGUAAAAUGGGCUGGCAAGUUGUCCGCCGUCCAGAGCAUCCUUCUUUUCUCUCAACACGCAAAAAGCGCCUUCAGAUCUCUCUUCUUGUCACCGUCCAUCAAAUCCAGUAUUGGGGCUCAGAAAGUCCGCCUUUCUUCUGUGUUCUUCUUCAUCUCAGAGAAGCGCCUUCAUUUGCCGGUUAGUUAUCUUUAGAUCGGUCUUAAUUCUCGUUGUAUAUUGGCUUAGCUGAUAAUUUCUUGGAUGUUUCCUGUAUGGUUCUUGUAGAUCUUUGAACGUAGUGAAUGGUAUCUCUUGCAGAGGAAACGCCAAACUUUCCUCUGGGUAGUAUUUUUUUGCUUCAAUUUUGUAUAAAGAUUACUUUCUUUCGAAGCCCAAAGAGCUUACGUCAAUUUUUACAAACCUAAACCCCGAUGAAACUCCAAAAGUCGGUAUCCUUUGAGGUCCCACAGGAGACUUAUAACUACCAACCCAAACCCUCCCAACCCCGAUAUGAGAUACAUCUCAGGGAAUGACACCCCAAACCUCCACAACGGGGGAGCCUGCUUACUUAAGUCGGUGAUUGUUGUCUUGUAAAACUAUUCAUAAUCUUUUCGGAUUUCUUCUUUCUUAGGCGAAUUCAGAAGUAGUACUGAAUUUUGGUGAUUUUUGUCUUGUAAAGAUUUAUCUUGGAAUCUUUUUUUUUUCCCCACGAGAAUCCACUUGUGCUUUUGUUUUCAGGGAUAGAGUACUCAAUUUAGUGAUUUGUGUAUUGUAAAGGGCGAAUGAAAUGUUCCAAAGCAUGGAGCAGAAACUGAAUAACAAAUGCCAAUUACUAGCUA